CACUGAUAGGCGGCAUUGAUUGGCAUUGAUAGGUAGCACUGACUGGCAUUGAUAGGUGACACUGAAAGUCAGUUCAGAUGGGCACUGAUAUGUGGCAUUGAUGUGCACUGGUAGGCACUGAUAUGUGGCACUGAUGUGGCACUGAUGGGCACUGGCACGAGGCACUGAUGACCAGUGACAUAAGGCACCGAUGGACACUGACAGGUGGCACUGCUGGGGCUACACUGAUCAUCAGGGCACACUGAUCAGCACCGAUUACCGACUCAGCGUGACAGCUCGAGAGGAGAGAAUUGCCAAUAACCGGCAUUUCCCUGUUUACAUGUGAUCAGCUGUG